CUCGUGCUGGGCAGCUGCUAGUGGAACAGAGCAGGAGCUUCAGCCUCAUUUAAGCAGCUCAUCAGAGCGGCAGUCGCUCCGUGGAGCGAACAUCGGUUGGAGACACUUUUACGCACAGGGGAACUACCUGAAAACACUGGCACAGUGAGAAGAGAGUACCUGCACUUCCCCCGCUAUAUUGCCCUGGAAUAAUGUGUUUGACUGUUAGCGACACAUUUUGAAGUUAUCAUUAGUAUCACUUGAAGCAGAAUAAUUCAUUAUUUAACAGAAUGAAGGAAUUUACUCAUUUCACGAUCCUUGCGCUCCUCGUCGCCUCCGUCUCAGCGAGCAAGUUAAAUGUACCUCGGCUGAGACUGUCUUAUAAAGACCUGCUGACCACUAACCGGUCAUCUGUCUUCAGCGGUCACCAUGGGCAGCUCUCUCUCACGGCUGUCUUCCUGGACGAGUACCGCGACCGCCUUUUCCUGGGAGGGAAAGACGUUCUGUACUCUCUCAUGCUGGGACCUGCCAGCACUGAGUCCAGAGAGAUCUACUGGCCCCCGUUACCUGGCAACAGAGAGGGCUGUAUUGAAACAGGGAAGGAACAGACAGAGUGUGCCAACUUUGUUCGCCUGCUGCAGCCCUACAACCGCACUCACCUCCUGGCCUGUGGCACCGGUGCAUUCCAGCCCAUGUGUGCCUUCAUCAACGUGGGACACAGAGGAGAGCACGUGUUCAAAAUGGACCCUACAAAGGUGGAAAAUGGACGGGGGAAGGUUCCUCAUGACCCCAGCCUCCCCUUCGCUAGCAUCUUUAGUGGUGGAGAGUUAUACACAGGACUGACUGCUGAUUUUCUCGGAAGAGACUCUGUGAUCCUCAGGAGUAUGGGAGGCCGCUCCACCAUGAGGACGGAGACUGAUGAGAAACUUCUUCAUGAGCCCAAGUUCAUCGCUGCACACCUCAUCCCAGACAACGACGACAAAGACGACGAUAAAGUGUACUUCUUCUUCACUGAGAAAGCCACAGAGGCAGGAGACAGAGAAGGUGCCAUACACUCACGCGUGGGGCGAGUGUGCGCGAAUGAUGUUGGAGGCCAGAGAGUGCUGGUGAACAAGUGGAGCACCUUCAUCAAAGCCAGACUAGUUUGUUCUGUCCCAGGACCUCAUGGCAUCGACACACACUUCAACCAACUGGAGGAUGUUUUCCUGCUGAGAACCAAGGAUGAGAGGAACCCAGAUGUCUACGCAAUCUUCAGUACUAUCAGCAACGUGUUCCAGGGUUUUGCUGUGUGUGUUUACCGUAUGGCCGACAUCAGAGAAGCUUUCAACGGACCCUUUGCUCAUAAAGAAGGUCCUGACUACCAGUGGGGAGCUUAUGAAGGCAGGGUUCCCUACCCAAGACCAGGGGUGUGCCCCAGUAAAAUCACCAACCAACCCGGCAGAGAGUUUGGCAGCACAAAGGAUUUCCCCGAUUCAGUGCUGCACUUUGCCCGCAGCCACCCGCUGAUGUGGCGGCCGGUGUAUCCAGCGCUGCGCCAACCUGUGCUUGUGAAGGCCAACAUUCCCUACAAGCUGAAACAAAUAGUGGUGGACCGUGUUGAGGCAGAGGACGGGCAGUAUGAUGUCAUGUUCAUUGGCACAGAUACUGGCACAGUGCUGAAGGUCAUCGCCCUGCACGGUGGAAACAGUCUAGAGACAGAGGAAGUCACGCUAGAGGAACUACAAGUCUUCAAAGUUCCAACUCCAAUUACAUCACUGGAUAUAUCUGUCAAAAGGCAAGCCCUGUAUGUGGGCUCUCCGGCAGGUGUGGCGCAGGUGAAGCUGCAUCGCUGUGAGACUUAUGGGAAAGCCUGUGCAGAGUGCUGUCUGGCCAGAGACCCUUACUGUGCCUGGGACGGGUCAUCAUGUGCACGAUAUGUACCCAACAGUAAGCGUCGCUACCGCAGGCAGGACAUCAGACAUGGCAACCCCGUGCUGCAGUGUGUGGAUCAGAACCUGAGUGAAGACCAUGACGUGACGGAAGACAAGGUGGUGUAUGGGACCGAGAACAACAGCACCUUCCUGGAAUGUGUUCCUCGCUCCCCACAAGCAACUGUAACCUGGCUUGUCCAACAACACGACCACAAGGAAGAGGUGAAGCUGGACGACCGUGUGAUGUCCACAGAGCAGGGUCUCCUGUUCCGUCGCCUCUUCCGCCAGGAUGAAGGUGUGUACAUCUGCCGCUCCCGAGAGCAUGGCUUCACACAGACUCUGGCCCGCCUAACCCUCGAAGUCCUCCAAGGUGAGACUGUGGACGAGCUCAUGUCACGUGACAACGCCGGCCUCUCCGAUUCAUUCAAAGACCGAUCCACAGGGAGUUACAGAGUCUGGAUGCCAUGUAGCACGUACAGCAGAGGUGGCGCAUCAAGCCAAAUUGGCCAGUCACGUACAUGGUUCAAAGAUAUCAUGCAACUGAUCGGACCGUCGAACCUGCCGCAUGUGGAGGAGUACUGCGAGAGGAUGUGGUGCAACGACAAGCUGAGGAGGAAACACAAGAGCAUCCUGGAGAAAUAUCGCCAGGCGCAGGAAAGUGCCAGGAAGGUUCGUAGCAAGAGCUCAGGAGAACGCAACCGUACUCCGCGGGAUCUGCGCGCAUGGGAGGAGUAAUGAAGAGAACAUGGGAGGGGAAAAGGAGGAGGGAAUAAAAGACGAUAAUAGAUCAAACUUUGGCACUUGGAUUUGUACUAAAAAUGUAGACGAGAAAAGUCUCUCUGCUUUGGCCAUCAAACCUAACAGAAUAGAUUUUAUGAAAUCAGCGUAGGUCAUGGAAGCUGCAACUUUGUUCCGACUGUGCCCCAAAAGACAAGCAUUCGGUUGUCCGGAAAGACAACAGAAAAAGAAAAUAUUGUUGUUGAUGUAAUAAUACCGACACUGAGGAUGGUUUUUAUAACUCUUGAUUACCAAGGACACUUUUCCCCCUUGACGACUUUACUCCUUUUUUACUAUUGACAUGACAGACACGGUUUUAACUGUUUUCACAUCACAUGUCGAUCUCCACUGAAAAACAAACCCUCCAAACUUUGCAAACUUCAUUUCAAAUACAAAUGUAUGUAAUGUAUGCAUGCCUGUGGAUGACCAGAAGCAGACCAUGCUCUUUCUCCACUGUUGCAGCCUCAUUGACUCUUUGAUGAACAGUGUGUUGGCUCGUAUCAUUGUGUUAAUCGUCCCAUGAGAUUAUUUCAAGCUGCACUCAACAGGUUUUUCAUGCAAAAUCCACUGUAAUUGAAAACUUCAUCAGAAAGAAACAUCAUAUUUAAUUAGUCUCUUUUAUAUCUUUGGACAGCGUAACAACAUUUUCUUUUUUUUUUUUUCCCCAAAGUGCAGCUUGGACAUAUAAAUUCACUUUCCAUUUAUUUUCCUGAUCACUAUAGAGUUGGUCACAUUUCACACACUGGAACACAUUCCUUCUCACUUCGUCUUAAACAUUUUAAAUCUCUGUUCUUCUUUGUCUUGACUUUUUUUUUUUUUAAAGUCUUCAUGUGUGACUUCAGCUCAAGACAUACUGUAACUGUCUUAGCUGUUUAUCUGCUAGAGUUAUAUGAAGCUAAUGAAGUACACAGACGUACUGACACAAACACUUACAUUCACUGAAAUCUCACUAACCCAUCAGACUGAAUGCAUUCACUCAUUUAACUCAGACUCCGAGCUAUCAUGAGACGACUGUUGACGGUUCAACAGACUAAAGGCAUUGCUUUAUUUUUACUGCUGUGGUUUCAACUUUCCCUUAAACAAAGCUCCAGAUCAGAGUCCCCCCCCCCUGACCCUUAAAGGGAUAUUUCACAGAGGCUUAUUAUCUUGCUUUUGGUUUGCAAUACCAUACGGCUUCUUGGCAUGUAGCUAACUGUCAUACUCAUUAUUCACUUUGUAGGGUAUCCUCAGGCAGAUAUGUUGAUUUUUUUUUUUUAUAUAAUUACUAUAGUAAGAACAUAAUUAUAGUAAAACAGAAUUAAAUAUCCGUGAAAAACUUAAAAUGUCUUAAAAAGCAUGAUAAAAAAAUUAAACUAAAUGAAUUUGGGUAAAAACACUGACUCUGUAACAAGCUAAACUCAAGUAACCUCACAUUCAAUGUUCAUCCUCGCACACUUUGCCUGUGUGCUAUAGUUGAGUUUUUCUAAUGUCUAUAGCUGGAACAACAGAAGGGUCAACUGUCAUGACCAACUCUUUUUGUUAUUAUAUAUAACACUUAAUCAACAAAAGGUUUCCCUUUAAUUUGUAACACAGGAAAAAGCGAAUGGGUGUUGCACUAAUUAUCAGACUUUACGAGAACUAUGUGGAUUAACUGGACAGAGAAAACAAAGCUGUCUUCAAACAGGGAAAGAUGUCACAACCGAAAGUGCAAGUGCAGUUUCCAGUUGGAAACAAUAUUCUGUGCAUAAUGAAUAAAUUCAGAAACACACCCAGCCAGUUGUCAGGUACCGUAUAAACCGAAGAACUGAGAAUGGCCAACAUGGCUGCUAAAAGGAUGAAAGAAAAUUGCAAAGUAUACAUGUGGAAGUUGGCAUAUAUAUAUUGUGAGAGCCAUAGCCAGGAAGCAACACUUCUCAAGAGGAAAAAGACAAAGGAGAGUGAAGAUGCAGAAGAGUGAGAAAAAUUAUGAAAUAAAUAAGGUACUAUGAGUAUUUUGUAGGAUGUAUUUCCAUUUUGUAAAAAUUCUAAUCCUUAUCUUAAAGCAUUGAAGUGGGUAUUUUCUGAAAACUGAUGCACAUGUUUUGGUUUCUUUGGUUUGAGGAACUAGAGACAGACUGUGAGACU